CUUCUUUACUGCCUUAGAAACAAUUCACCAGCACUCAACGAGUUACUUUACAGUACUGUAUGCUUCUAGAGCCACCCACUGCUUGGAUAGGUUGUGACCAGUAGCAUAUUGUACUGAAUCUGACUUCGAACAGUUCAGAGGAAAACUACACUUGAGAAAAUAAACAGACAUCCCACACUGCCCUCUGCCCUAACCGGCUUAUUCGCAAUAAAUAAUAAGACACAGAAAGAGAGACGGAGAUAAGAUGCUGAUGUACUACUGUACUUUAGUCAGUAACAGGGACGGGAAAUGAGAAGCUGAGAGAGGUUCUUGGAGGAGCUGAAUCGCCGGGCACUGUUGACGGAAAAGAUCUUGGCAGUGUGCGUGUUGUGACUGUUUUUGUGGUUUCCAGAGGAAUUUCCUAUCGACUGGACUAACCAUUAAAAUGUCUUUGCUCUCAGAAGUGCUGGGAAAGCAGAGGAAAGGUCCUGCAGAAGACAGCGCAGAUGGCCAUGGAAGUGUCGCCUCUGGAUGGCCGUGGAAAUUACUUUAAGCUUAUUGAAACCCUUGUCUCAGAGAUCGGAGAACUGAAACAAGAGAUGGUACAGACUGAAUUCUGUGUCAGAGAUGAAGAGGACCCCGCAGAUCGCCUAAGCAGAAAGGAAAUGGAGAGUGGUCUCUCACCAGAAAAGAAAGAAGUGAAAUCCUUUCUUCGGGACUCUGGGUAUGAGGGCGUCUCCUUCAAACUCAGCAUCUUAGAUAAACUGCUUAACACCCACCCCGUGUGGCUGCAGCUUGGCCUCGGCGAUGACAAAGUACCGGGCAUCUUGCAAGAGCAGCCUCCAGCGACUUUUCUUGUUAGAAAAUCCAACAAGCUUCAGAAGAAAGUGAUCUCUGUCCGUAUGCCAAAUCAGUUUGCAUCCCAUUUUCAGGAAUUUGUGAUAAAAGAGAGUUCCUACACUUUUUCCCUUGAAGGCUCUGGAAUCAGCUUUGCAGAUAUAUUCAGGCUUAUUUCAUUUUACUGUAUCAGCAGGGAUGUCCUUCCUUUUACCUUGAAAUUGCCCCAUGCAAUUGCUACAGCCAAGACAGAAGCUGAACUCGAGGAGAUUGCCCAACUCGGAAUAGAAUUCUGGAGCUCCCCUGCAAACUGCAAGCCCAGAUAUUCCCAUAAUGUGGCAUGGCCUCUCCCUUCAGACUGCAUCAACAAGGAGUCACCUCAGCUCCCUCGACUAAACGGAGUGCAUUCUCUCCGCACCAGAACGCCCUCAGAACUGGAAUGUAGCCAGACCAAAAGAGCUCUGUGUUUCAUUAAUCCUCUCUUCUUAAAAGUGCACAGCGAGGAUGCAGGAGGAGGCUGGAAGAGGGAGAGCACAAGGACCCAAGAAACAAAUGGCACGGAGAGGGUGAAAUCAGCACCUCCUCGGCCCCCUCCCCCUUCCAUUACUAGUCAUCGCACAAGUCUCCAGCUGUCCAGAGCAGUGAAGCAAGAAUCAAGCAUGCCAGAAACAGUCUUCCAUAACAGGGAAGGGAAUGCAAAGUCUCCUAUUAAUAAAGCUACACCCAUACCUCCUCCCCGCCUAAAGAAGCAAGCUACUAUUAGCAGGUGGCAGGGGAAUGACAGCUUGUCGCCUUUUUCUUCAGUUGAGUCGCAGUCUGAGGAAUCUCCUCCACAAAAGACAAUUCAAAGCUUAACAAGAGCUCAGAACGGCAAUUCCCCUGUACGGACCACCCUGCUGACACAGAGGCUGAGUGACAUGAGCAUCUCCACCUCAUCCUCAGACUCUUUUGAGUAUGACCGGUCUGGGCAGGUUUUCUGCGAAGGGGACAGCCUGGAGGACUGCGAGGAGGAAAGUGAUCAGGAGGUUAUGACACCUCCAAUAAAGUCUCGUAAAAAGAGGGGCACCUCUCUGGGUUUCUCCAAAAUUGUAAAGACCCAUCUGCGUAAAGUUAGCGGGGUCUUCAGCUCCCUUGUGACUCCUGAGAAGAAGAUGGUGAAGAAGAUAGUAGCCAUGUCCCGUGACAAGCGUACUUAUUUCGGGUGCCUUGUUCAGGAUUACAUCAGUUUUCUGCAGGAGAAUAAGGAUUGCCACAUUUCUAGCACUGACAUGCUGCAGACCAUCAGGCAAUUCAUGACCCAAGUGAAGAACUACUUGUCGCAGAGUUCUGAGCUGGAUCCUCCCAUCGAGUCCCUAAUUCCUGAAGAUCAGAUAGAUGUUGUCUUGGAGAAAGCCAUGCAUAAAUGCAUCUUGAAGCCCCUGAAAAGCUACAUUGAAAGCAUGUUGAAAGAGUUCCGUGUAAACGACGGGUCUUGGAGGCAACUGAAAGAAAAUCUGCAGCUGGUGAGGCAGAGGACACCUCAAGAGCUCGGAGUGUUAACGCCAACGCCUGAGUCUAUGGACAUUGAGAAAAUGCGUAUCAAGUUCUUGAACAUGCAGAAAAUGUAUUCUCCGGAGAGAAAAGUCAUGCUGCUCCUGAGGGUGUGCAAACUCAUUUAUACAUGCAUGGAGAAUAACUCAGGGAGAAUGUAUGGGGCUGACGACUUUUUGCCCGUGCUGACCUAUGUGAUUGCUCAGUGUGACAUGCUGGAGAUAGACACUGAAAUCGAAUAUAUGAUGGAACUGCUGGAUCCAGCUCUUCUGCAUGGAGAAGGGGGUUAUUACUUGACCAGUGCGUAUGGAGCCCUUUCCCUGAUAAAGAAUUUCCAAGAAGAGCAAGCGGCGCGGUUACUUAAUUCAGAGACCAGAGACACCCUGAAGCAAUGGCACAAGAGGAGGACGACUAAUAGAAGCAUCCCAUCUAUUGAUGAUUUCCAGAACUACCUGAGGGUCGCCCUGCAGGAAGGUAACUCUGGAUGCACAGGCAAGACCUUAAUAGUAAAGCCCUACACAACCACGGAAGAUGUCUGCCACAUGUGUGCAAAGAGGUUUAGCAUUCAGGACCCGGAAGCAUACGGUCUCUUCCUUUACAUCGAUGACACUUGGCAACAGCUGAGCGAGGACACUUACCCCCAGAAAAUCAAAGCGGAGCUGCACAGUCGACCACAGCUCCAAGUAUUUCACUUUGUGUACAAGCGUAUCCUAAGUGACUUUCAAGGUGUCAUCAGCUAUGAAGAUGACGAUACCGAUGUGCCGAUGUAGUAUUUCUGGCUAUAGAGAUUGUUGCACACCGCAGCUUGUGAAAAGGCUGUAGUGUUGGUAGUGCAGUAGUUAUCUGCAUUUGCUGUGCUCUUAUAAACCCACUCCAAGUUGGAAUCAACAUGGCAGAAGGCCCAGUUGGGUGGAAAUUGAACUUCUUGGACCAAACAUCUGGAAUGUUUUGAAGUUACUUUAACUGCUCUUCAGGCCUUGUUGAAUCAUCAUGGAAUUCACUACUGAUGGGCCAGGUUGCCAUCUUGGUUGAAAAACGUCGGUAUGGAGGAUGAAACGUAAAAGUUCCUAUGUGUCUUGUUUCCUAAACGGGUUGUUUUUCUAGGGAAAAAAGAGUAGGGCGGGAGUAAAAAUAAAACUCCUAUUUUAUUGCAUUUGUUGGCGGCGGCAGCAUCUGCCAUCAUUUGCCCAUGUUUAUAGACAGGGAUACAUAACCCUUCACUGUGUUGCCAUUGUACAGUCCGUGGAGGCUUCACUUUUGUAUUAUACACACCGUUUGUAAAUUUUGGUUUUUAUAAGCAAACUUUUUUGUAAUUAGCUGUUUUUGGUAGAUGUGCCUGGUUUAAUGCUUUUGAUGAAGCUUUUAGAAUAGAUGCAUUGUGCAAAGCCUAUUGGUCUACAUGUACUUAUCACCAGCUGUGCUGAUGAUUAGUACCGUUGCUUCUAGAUAUUAAAGGGGCAGUUUACAUUUUAAUGGAAAAAAAGCUGACUGUAUAUUGAUUAUCAGUUUGCUCUUCCCCCCAAGCAUCUGCAAAUGAAUUACUUGGCUCUGAUUUCAAGUUCGGCUUAUCUAAACAUCCAUAUAAUUAUCACUCCUACAGGGUUCCUGCUAUGUUUAUAAUUCCAUUACAAGAAGGAUUUUCUUUGUACUUAGUACAGCUCUGCAGGAAAAUAAAGAACAGUCCGACUCAGGGCAAAACUGAUAUUCUUUUCACUGAAAUUGAGUCACUUUGCUGCAAUUGCAUGAAAUUGUUGUCACUAUGCAGCAAUUGCAUACAUUGCUAAAAUAACACCAUGUUGUAAGCCUUCGUAUGCAGCACUUGCUAUGUUUUAUAGGACAUUGUUUAUCCCCCACCCCCCAAUUAACCCCAAAUGAUCUGGGAGGUGUAUUCCAGCAGCUAGAGGACAAUAACAUAAUGUAAAUAUUGUACCCCCCUCUUUAUAUUCCCACCCUCAUUCACUGCCAGUCAAGCCCCUAAUAUACCCAUCACAGUUGUUUCUUCAAAAAGUAGGAAUAAAUGCUGAAAUCCAGCUGUUUAACAGUUCUUCUCUUUCUGCAUCAAUUGAAAUCCUGGUAGGGAAGGCGGGACUAAACACCAAUGUUACAGACAGCAUGCAGGAACUACAUAACCCACAAUGCAUUGCACUGUGAUGUUCCUUUUCUUAUUGAAAUCACGUGUGCAGGGAAUUGUGGGGUUUGGAGGAUGCAGGCUGAGGACAGAUG